AUGUUAACAGUAUCUGGUCUCUCUGGGACUAAAGAGACUGCACAAAGUCAGGUCCUCAUCGGAAUGGGGCUGCUUGCUGGUUCGACCGUCUUUCUUCUCACCCUGCUUUGGGGAACUUGUGUUGUUGUUGGCAAGUGUGAUGUUGGGGAAAAUGGUGUUGCUAUUGAUUCAACUGACACUAAGGGCUUCAGCUUGACUGGCUCUGGCAUUACAACUGAUGUGCAAACUAGCUACGCAGCACGAAUCAUGGCCAUAUCUGUUAUUCCCUUUGUCAUUGCUCAGUUCCCGAAAAUGUUGAAGACUCACCAUGGGGAGCGCCUAGCCAUCUUACUGGCCCUAAUCGCUUCAUUCUCACUUGUACUCGGCUACUGCCUGUAUCAGGUUUUCCAGCCUUGGGUUCAGAAGAGGAAGCUCGCAUAUGCAAAGCACAAGCAUGUGAUCUCUGGGAUCCUACAGCAUGCCCAAAAGCAAGCACUGGGCCGGCUACUUAACGAUGACGGCUCACCUAAUGAAAACGUCAUAAGAAAGUUGUUCCACAAGAUUGACAAUGAUGACAGCCGUAACCUGUCACGAGCAGAGCUACAUGCGCUUAUUAUCGGGAUCAACUUUGAGGAGAUUGACUUUGACAAGAAUGAUGCUGUCGAUAAGAUCAUGGACGACUUUGAUACUUCAGGCAAUGACACUGUGGAGGAGGAUGAGUUUGUCGCGGGAAUGAAAAUAUGGCUUCAUGAGGCGAAGCAAAAAGUGGAGGCUAGUGGUGCCUACUCUAAUAAGUUUGUCAACGACUACCAUGCUAGAACUAGGGAGGAUCAUGACCAGUUGGUCGACAGAUCUGACGAGGCAGUGGAGAGCGUCGAGAACCCUGGCUGGUGCAUUGCCAAGGCCGUGGGGUACCUGCUUCUCGGCGCUACCAUUUGUGCCGCAUUUGCAGACCCGCUUGUUGAUGCUGUCCACAACUUCUCUAACGCCACACACAUCCCGUCCUUCUUUGUCUCGUUCAUCGGCCUCCCGCUGGCAACCAAUUCCAGCGAGGCCGUCUCGGCCAUCAUCUUCGCCAGCAGGAAGAAGCAGAGGACUUGCUCCCUCACUUUCUCAGAGGUAUACGGCGGCGUGACCAUGAACAACACACUGUGCCUGGGCGUGUUCUUGGCGCUCAUCUACUUCAGGGAGCUGACGUGGGACUUCUCCUCGGAGGUGCUCGUCAUCCUGCUCGUCUGUGUCAUCAUGGGACUCUUCACAAGCUUCCGGACCAGCUUCCCGCUCUGGACCUGCCUGGUGGCCUACCUGCUGUACCCUCUGACCCUCGCCGUCGUCUACGUUCUCGACUUCGUCUUCGGCUGGUCAUAG